CCCGGCCGGGCGCUGACAGCAAGGGCGGGGGUCCCCGCCGCUGCUGCCGUGUCUCGCGCAGGCUCCGGCCGCGGCAGCGGAGCCCCCGGCGCGGCCAUGGACCGGCCCCUGGCGGCGUCGGCGGAGGCGGAGGAGGAACUGGAGUGGCAAGUGGCGAGUCGCCGGAGGAAGGCCUGGGCCAAGUGCCGCAGCUCCUGGCAGGCGUCGGAGACAGAGGAUCUGUCCACAGAAGCGACGACGCAGGACGAGGACGAGGACGACGAAGAGGACCUCCCGGGCGCGAAACUGCCGGCGGCCGCGGGGAGAGGAAACGUGCCCAACGAGAAGAUCGCGAUAUGGCUCAAGGACUGCCGUACACCUUUGGGAGCCUCACUGGAUGAACAAAGCAACAGUACACUCAAGGGUGUGCUUGUGAGAAAUGGAGGAAGCUUUGAAGAUGAUUUAUCAUUGGGAGCUGAAGCCAACCACCUCCACGAAAGUGAUGCUCAAAUUGAAAACUGCAAUAAUAUCUUGGCCAAAGAGAGAAGGCUACAGUUUCAUCAGAAAGGGAGAAGUAUGAAUUCCACUGGAUCUGGCAAAAGUAGUGGAACAGUCUCAAGUGUUUCAGAAUUGUUGGAACUCUAUGAGGAAGAUCCUGAAGAAAUUCUUUAUAAUCUUGGAUUUGGACGUGACGAACCAGAUAUUGCUUCUAAAAUUCCUUCCAGAUUUUUUAAUUCGUCAUCAUUUGCCAGAGGGAUAGAUAUUAAAGUAUUUUUGAGUGCUCAGAUGCAACGGAUGGAAGUAGAAAACCCAAAUUAUGCUUUAACAAGUCGUUUUCGUCAAAUUGAAGUGCUUACUACUGUGGCCAAUGCAUUUUCUUCUUUAUAUUCUCAAGUCUCUGGGACUCCCCUGCAAAGAAUUGGAAGUAUGUCCUCAGUGACCUCUAACAAGGAGACAGACUCACCUCCACCUUUAACUCGAAGUAACACUGCAAAUCGCUUAAUGAAAACAUUAUCAAAACUAAAUUUGUGUGUUGAUAAAACAGAGAAAGGAGAAGGUAGUAGUCCUUCCUUAGCAGCUGAAAAAGGAAAGAUUCUAAAUGUUUCAGUGAUUGAAGAAAGUAGCAAUAAAAAUGAUCAAAAGUCUCAAAAAAUUAUAAAGAAGAAAGAGUCAUCUUCUAUGUUGGCUACAGUUAAAGAAGAAGUCUCAGGUAGUUCAGCAAAUGUUAUGGAGAAUGUUGAUACUGAUAGACUUUCUGGUGACACAAAUAGUAAUUUUAACCAAGAAACUGAAAGUGAACAAAGUAAGGAAACUCAAAGUAAUGAGAGUAAGCUAAGUGAGGAAUCUGGUAUUAUAAGAUCUGAUUUAGAUAGUGAUUUCAACAUGUCCAGCCACAGUGAGCUGGAAAAUAACAAUGAGCUGAAAAUUGUCCAUAUGUCCACACCUGAAAAAGAACCAUGUGCAGCACUGACAAUCCCAUCCAUAAGAAACAUAAUGACACAGCAGAAGGACUCCUUUGAAAUGGAAGAGGUACAAAGUACGGAGGGAGAAGCGCCUCACAUUCCAGCCACUUAUCAGCUGGGUCUUACAAAGUCGAAGCGAGAUCAUCUGUUACGUACUGCGAGUCAGCAUUCUGAUAGUAGUGGUUUUGCUGAAGAUUCGACAGACUGCCUAUCCCUUAAUCACCUCCAGGUUCAUGAGUCCUUGCAAGCCAUGGGGAGUAGUGCUGAUAGUUGUGAUAGUGAAACAACAGUCACAUCAUUUGGUGAAGACCUUGUCACACCAACAGCACAAGACCUGCCUUAUUUUAAUGAAUCAGAGGAAGAGUCUCGCACCCCUCUUCAGAGGGGAAGAGAGAAGACAACAACAGGUGUUGCUGCUGACAAAGGAAAGUCAGAUAGCCAGAACUUCCCUCAUUGUGAGAUUAUUGAGACUAUAGGAAAUGAACAGUCCACCCGUCUCCUGGGGGAUCCCAUUACCAAAAUUACUGAAAUGGAAGAGGACUUGUCUCCAGCACACACAGUAGAGCUACUGAGGGAAGCAAGUGCUGAAAGUGAUGUGGAUAAAAGUAGUGAAUGUGAAUUUGUUCAGUAUACCACACACCAUAUUCUGAAAUCCUUGGCUUCUAUUGAAGCUAAAUGCAGUGAUACGAACUCAGAAAAUACAACUGGGCCUCCCUCUUCUGUGGACAGAGUGAAUACAGCUUUGCAGAGAGCUCAACUGAAGGUCUGCACUCUAUCUAAUCAAAGAAUAGGCCGUAGCCUGAUAAAAUCAAAAGAUCUUUUAAAACAAAGGUACUUACUUGGAAAAGCUGGCUAUCCUCUCAGAAGGUCUCAGUCUUUACCAACCACCUUAUUGAGCCCAGUGAGGGUGGUAUCCUCUGUUAAUGUUCGGUUAUCUCCAGGAAAAGAGACCAGAUGCAGCCCUCCCUCCUUCACCUAUAAGUACACACCCGAGGAUGAGCAGGAAUUGGAAAAGGGGGUGAUGGAGCAUGAUGGUCAGUCUUCGGUUAAAUCCACUAUUUUUAUCUCUCCAUCAUCUGUGAAGAAAGAAGAGACCUCCCAGAGUGAGGUAACACGGUUGGAGGAAUGCCACCAUGGAAGGACUCCUACCUGUUCACAGUGUAUACCAGCACCGAUAUCUCAGUCCACCUGCUCCCUUCACUCCAUCCAUUCUGAGUGGCAGGAAAGACCCCUUUGUGAGCACGCACGAACUCUGAGCUCCCACAGUGUUCCCAACAUAUCAGGGGCCACCUGCAGUGCCUUCAUGUCGCCUUUUGGGUGUCCUUACUCACAUAGACAUAUCGCCUACCCUUACCGAGCGUGCUCUAUGAAUCCUCCUUCUGCCAUAGAAAUGCAGUUGCGAAGAGUCUUGCAUGAUAUUAGAAACUCACUGCAGAAUCUUUCACAGUUCCCUAUGAUGAGAGGACCUGAUCUUGCUGCUGCUCCAUAUAGUUCUCAGAAGUCAUCUGUUCUACCUCUUUAUGAAAAUACUUUUCAGGAGCUCCAAGUAAUGAGGCGGAGCCUGAAUUUGUUCAGAACACAAAUGAUGGACUUAGAAUUGGCAAUGCUGCGUCAGCAAACCAUGGUUUACCAUCACAUGACUGAGGAGGAAAGGUUUGAAGUUGAUCAGCUCCAGGGUUUGAGAAACUCAGUCCGAAUGGAGCUUCAGGACCUGGAGCUGCAGCUGGAGGAGCGCCUGCUGGGCCUGGAGGAGCAGCUGCGAGCGGCUCACGGGCCUUUGCCCUUUCGCCCCUCUGCACUCAUGGGAAUGUGUGGCAGUAGAAGCGCUGAUAACUUGUCAUGCCCUUCUCCAUUGAACAUAAUGGAACCAGUCACUGAACUGAUACAGGAACAGUCAUACCUGAAGUCUGAAUUGGGCCUGGGACUUGGAGAAAUGGGAUUUGAAAUUCCUCCUGGAGAAAGCUCAGAAUCUGUGUUUUCCCAAGCAACAUCAGAGUCAUCUUCUGUGUGUUCUGGUCCUUCUCAUGCUAAUAGGAGAACUGCAGUACCUUCUGCCUCAGUGAGCAAACCCAAAAUCCAGUCAGUAGCAAGUAAGAAAGUUUUCCGAGCGUCAGUGGCCCUGACACCAACUGCUCCCUCUAGAACUGGCUCUGUGCAGUCACCUCCAGAAUUGGAAAGUUCUGAGGAAGCUGAAGCAGCUGAAGAAGCUCCCAACGUUUUAGGACCUAAAUCAGAAGUGGAAGGAGGGCCUGGAAAACUCUCAUUAAUGCCAGCUGCUGAGGAGAUGCAUAAAAAUGUGGAACAAGAUGAGUUGCAGCAGGUCAUACGGGAGGUUAUCAUGGACCCUAUUAAUUGUGUCAUAUUGGAGUUAUCAGUGAUAUACACUGGUGUAGGUGUUAUUUGUGCUUCAGAAGAUACUUGCUGCUGGGCUACUGUAUGCAGUGUAAAAUGUGCAUCUUCUUCUAUGCUUAUUGCUAUUUCUUUUCUAAACUCUCAAAACUGUAGCAGUUUGAAAAGCCUAAUAUUUAUUUGUAUGUCAAUAUUUUUCAUUUGAUUCCCUAUUAGAAUUAAUUAUAAAACUUGAAGACUUCCAGACUUAUCCAACUUAUAAAUAACAUAUUUCUUCAGACUAGCUUCUUAAAACACUGACCUCUAUGAGGUAUUUACUGUGCAAUAACUGAUUCAUUUUUUGAGAGCUUGAAGCAACCAAUGAUUUUCCCUCCACUGCUGUUAAUUAGUGUUACUUCCAAGAAGAAAAAAUGUCCUGUUGUAAAAAUACUCUUAAUUCUUGAGGAGACUACUAAUAGCAGUAGGAUAGAAUUAUAUGAGGUUACCCUACAACUACUUAAUGUUUCUACACUGUAAGUCUUGUUGCUUUACCCAGGACAAAUGCAAUUUUAUCAUAGCUUAUGUAGUAUUUUUCUUUUGAAAAUAUGCCUUAUGUUAAACACUAUAUACUUUUUGCGUUGUUCAGCCUUCUUUAUUAUAAGGAGAUAUUUCUUUUUCUUUUAGACUAAAUAAUAGAAUAUUAUUCACAUAAUGGGGCCUGUGACUUGAAUGGAUAGAAAUGAAUAAGCUGGGUUUUGUUUUCUCAAAAUGGAUGUAAUUAGAUUUGUUCUCAUACAUAAAUGAUUUUAAUUCAGUUUUAACUAGUGAAAACUAUUUGUUUUUACGAAAAGCAAAAAUGAUUUCAUAUUUGGUCUUAUAUGUAUUAAAUAAAUGUGUAAAGUAACAACAAAUGUUAUUGGAAUUAUUCUUUUAGCAUUUAUAAUUUUUCAACUCCUAUUAUGUUUCUUUGUGUGUGAUAUUUUAAUCAAAAGUCAUUGAGAUGCUAACAGUGUUCUUUGAAAGAAUAUCUAAAGGGUUUAAAUGUUUGAAAUGUCACACAAAGGCUGAUUUCUAAAACAAAAAUUAAAACAAUAAAGUAUUUAUUUUGCCUAGAA